GACUUCAGCUUGGAAGUCAGGCUGCGAGCAUGGGCUGGGCGCGGAGUCUGUUCCGUACCGCGUGGGGAGCGUUGUCCAAGGAGGUGAAGGAGCAUGUGGGCACCGACCACUUCGGGAACAAGUACUACUAUAUCCCGGAGUACAAGAACUGGAGAGGACAAACUAUCCGAGAGAAAAGGAUUAUGGAAGCAGCAAAUAAAAAUGAAGUAGACUAUGAAGUAGGGACCAUACCAACAGAAUGGGAAGCUUGGAUUAGAAAGACAAGAAAGACUCCACCAACUAUGGAGGAAAUACUGAAGAAUGAAAAAUAUAGAGAAGAAAUAAAAAGAAAAGGCCAAGAUUUUUAUGAGAAAGAAAAACUGCUGGGCAAUGAGAGGAAGGAAGAGCUCUUGCCUCCGCCCAUGCCAACUGAGCAGAAAGGCCAUGCCUCUGCUCCACACUUUGGAAAGGAAGAACCCUCGGUGGCGCCCACCAGCACUGGGAAAACCUUCCAGCCAGGAUCCUGGAUGCCACAAGGGGACAAGAGACACACCCAAUGAAUGCACUGUGGAAAACGCACUCACUUCCAUGGAUGUGACUAUUUUAACAAAUGAAAACAGUAAAAAGUCCACUGCUUUGUAUUUCUCUUAUACACUAAUUGUACUCCAUGCAGCUUCAGAGGUCACUUUUCGCAUGGCCUAACUCCUUUUAGACUUGAAUCCUACCCAGCAGGACUUAGUCAUCUUUACGUGUUAUAAAUUUGCUUACAAUUAUUUCCCUUCUUUGAUUUCUAACCUUUGAGGUGUGUCCUGUACCUGUGAAGGCCUAACAGGACACAUCUUAGUAGCACUAAACAGCGGGCUCUCCCACAAGUGAAUCAGGGUCUCAGAAGAUUCCGAAGGACUAAACCAUGAACGUAGACAUAUUAUGUAAACAUAAAAUUUAGAUAAUAACAAAGAAGCCAUAGAGAGCUUAAUGCAAAGAUGAGACAAAUGCAGCUUUUGAAAGAAAUCAAAUUAACAGGAGAAAAUCAAUCAUGAAAACCUGAAAGGACAGCAAGGAGAGAAAUGGGAUGGUAAUUGGAGUUGAUGAGAAAAUUACACUGAAAAGAAAAAAAUGGGAGAGUUCUCAAAGCAAAAAAAUUCCACUUAUAAUUGA